AUGGCGGAGAGUCAGUCAGCGGCCGGGCAGGGGGAAUCUGCGUCCCUGGGUGGCUCUGGGGUCUCCGGUUCGGAGUCUGAAAACCGGCGGCGGCUGAGUGAGCUGCGCGUGAUAGACUUGCGGGCUGAGCUCAAGCGGCGCAAUUUGGACAGCGGUGGAAACAAGAGCGUCCUCAUGGAGCGACUCAGGAAGGCUAUUGAGGAGGAAGGGGGGAAUCCUGAUGAAAUGCCAGUGGUUUCAGAAAAUAUCAUGAAGAAAACUCCAAAAAGAAGCAGCAAAGGACGUAGACCAGAUGAAGAGGGAGUAGACGAUAACGGCCUGGAAGAAGAUUCGGGAGACGGACAGGAGGAUAUUGAAGCAAGUUUGGAUAACUUGCAGGAUAUUGACAUGAUGGAUAUUAGUGUGUUAGAUGAAGCUGAAAUAGAUAAUGGCAAUGCAGUAGAUUGCGGAGAGGAUUACAGUGCUGAUAAUAUUCUUGACUCACUGUCUGAUAGUAAAGAAAAUGCUGAUGCAGAAGUGAAAGAACUUACAGAUCAGCCUACAGAAUAUGCUGUAGGUAACUUGGAGGCAUCCCCACAAUUUUCAGAAAUUAAAGAAGAAUCAAGAGAAAUACCAGUAGUGAUGGUAGAGGUUGAAGAUGUUGGAAACAGUUUAGAUGCUUCUUCAUCUGAUUUAGCCAUAAUAAAG